AUGUCAGGCCUUCGGAGACGCAUCUUCGGCACCUCGACUUCUGCAGACUCGCCCUCCCUCACACCCGAACACUCGCGAGAAGGCACACCGACAUCCGAAGAGGUCCGCGUCGUGUCGGCAAAGAAACUCCAGAAACUCACCGCGCAACACAAGGCCAAGGGCACAAAGAGACGGAAUGCCUGGAUCUUUGGCCUGGGAGGCCUGUUUGGUAUUCUCGUUGCCGGCUUCUUUGCGUCCAGCAAUGAUGUCUUUGACAUGCAGGCCCUGAGGGACAUGAACCUUGACUCUAUCCUCGAUGUGCUGCCUGCUGGUUUGAUCAAGGAUGCCCAUGAACUCCAGAGGUCAUGUAGCUUACGUGUUUGUGCCGUGUGUAGANAGAGCCAACGGGACGCCAUUGCAUACGAUUCCUUUGCAGUCGGUCUGCAUGCCCAAUCUCAAGGCAUAACAGCCAAACACCCCGUCAUCAUGAUCCCCGGCGUCAUCUCCACCGGUCUCGAGAGCUGGGGCACCGAAGAGCCAUCGCGACAAUAUUUCAGAAAGAGGUUGUGGGGUAGUUGGAGUAUGAUGCGCGCUCUGGUUCUGGACAAGGCUGGCUGGAAGAGACACAUCAUGUUGGACAAGGAAACUGGAUUGGACCCACCAGGUGUCAAGCUGAGGGCUGCUCAAGGUUUCGAUGCGACCGAUUUCUUCAUUACUGGAUACUGGAUCUGGAACAAGAUCUUGGAAAACCUUGCUACCAUCGGCUAUGAUCCUACCAACGCGUUCACUGCUGCCUAUGAUUGGAGAAUGAGCUAUAUGAAUUAUGAAGUCCGUGACCAGUACUUCACUCGCCUGAAGCAUCACAUCGAGACGGCCACCAAGAUAUCUGAUAAGAAGGUUGUCUUGCUCAGCCACAGUAUGGGCUCUCAAGUCCUAUACUACUUCUUCCACUGGGUCGAAGCAGAAGGUUAUGGCAAUGGCGGUGAAUUGUGGGUUGACGACCACAUUGACUCGUGGAUCAACAUCUCGGGGUGCAUGCUCGGAACCCCCAAGGGCUUGCCUGCAGUGCUGUCCGGUGAGAUGAAAGAUACCGCCCAACUCAACGCUUUUGCCGUCUACGGUUUGGACAAGUUCUUGAGCCGCAAUGAAAGAGCAGAAAUGUUCCGCGCCAUGCCUGGCAUCUCCAGUAUGCUUCCCAUCGGUGGUGACGCCAUUUGGGGAAAUGAACACGGCGCACCCGACGACCGCCCUGAUCAGAACGUCACCUAUGGCAAAUUCCUCAGCUUCCGCCAUCUCAACUCGACCCAAUUGCCCAAGAAAAACUUGACCGUCGAGGAGUCCCGAGCAUACCUCUUCAACAGUACAGAAAACUGGUACUCUGAUGCCGUACUUUCCUCUUACUCUUUUGGCAUCGCCCACACCAGAAAGGAAGUAGAAGCCAACCAAAAGAUUCCUCGCAAAUGGUCCAACNCCCUUGAGACCCGUCUCCCCAAGGCCCCAAACAUGAAAAUCUACUGCUUCUAUGGCAUUGGCAAGGAGACCGAGCGCGCAUACUAUUACCGCGAAGAUAACGAACCCGGCAGCAAAAACGACGUCAUGAUUGAUACGCAAGCCUCGUUCCUGAACCCCGACCAUGAUCAUGUGGCCGACAGAGGUGUGGUUAUGGGUGAAGGAGAUGGUACUGUCAAUUUGCUGAGCACAGGAUAUAUGUGCAACAAGGGUUGGAGAAUGAGGAGGUAUAAUCCUUCCGGUAUCAAAGUCACGACAUAUGAGAUGCCUCACGAGCCUGAUCGUUUCUCACCUCGUGGUGGGCCUAACACUGCUGACGAUGCCGAUANNGGUGACCAUGUUGAUAUCCUUGGUCGUGCUUCGCUUAACGAUCUGAUCUUGAGAAUUGCAGGUGGCAAAGGCGACGACAUCAAAGAGACUAUUCACAGCAACAUUACUCAGUAUGCUGAGAAGGUCAAGAUCUGGGAUGAUUGA